UUAAGCCCUUUAAAAGAUUAAUAUCUCUCCAUUCUCUUUCUCACUAUAGGUUAUAAAUUCUAUUUCCCGAAAUAUAUAUACACCAAGCCUACACAUUUACACUCUUCAAACAUCUCUCACCAGAGCAGAACACAGAGUCACCGGGAAGUGUCAUCUUCGGCGGCGACACACAAACAAACAAAAGUUGAUAUAUUUAGAUUCUGGUGACUCUCUGCUCUAAUGGGUCAAUCUCAAAAUCCUCUCUUUCUUUUUCUACUUCUUGUUCUAGUCUAUGGCGUUUCCUCCACCACCUUCACCGUCGUUAACCAGUGCAGCUACACCGUGUGGCCUGGCCUUCUCUCCGGAGCAGGAACCGCUCCUUUACCCACCACCGGAUUCUCUCUAAACCCUACAGAAACACGCGUCAUACCAAUCCCCGCCGCUUGGUCCGGCCGUAUCUGGGGCCGUACUCUCUGCACACAAGACGCAACCACCGGAAAAUUCACCUGCGUCACCGGAGACUGCGGCUCCUCCGCCGUCGAGUGCUCCGGCUCCGGCGCCGCACCUCCAGCGACGCUAGCUGAGUUCACCUUAAACGGAGCCGGCGGUCUCGAUUUCUACGACGUCAGCCUCGUCGACGGUUACAACAUCCCUAUGGCGAUCGUACCGCAAGGCGGCGGAGAUGCGAGCGGCGUCGCCGGGAACUGCACCAUCACUGGAUGCGUUAAGGAGCUCAACGGCCCUUGUCCUGCUCAGCUGAAAGUGGCGACGACGGGGACUGCAGAUGGAGUGGCUUGCAAAAGCGCUUGUGAGGCGUUUGGGACGCCGGAGUAUUGCUGUAGCGGCGCGUUUGCAACGCCGGACACGUGUAAGCCGAGCGAGUACUCGUUGUUUUUCAAAAACGCGUGUCCGAGAGCUUAUAGUUAUGCUUACGACGAUGGAACAAGUACGUUUACUUGCGCCGGAGCUGAUUACCUCAUCACUUUCUGUCCUUCUCCUAACCCAAGUGUGAAGAGUGCAAAGAAGGAAGGAGUACUUGAGCCUGAAGCCGUAAGCUACUCGUCCGCGUCGCCAACUCUAUCCACCGUGUUUUCGGUUGGUGUUUUAGCUGUCGCGUUUUGGGCACUACAACGCGUUUGGUGAUAGCUGUACUGUAACGUAUGCGUAAGAGCUUUGAUAACAACAUCAUUCGAGGUUUUCAUCUAAGAGAAAGAAAAGAUCAUCAAAUAAAAGACGACCAGAAGAAAGAGUUUGAUUUGUGUGGGGAUUCCAAAGUUGCUAAGGAUGGAUCUGUUUUUAGGUUGAUUAGUUAUAGUAAUAGUUAUUCUUUAGAACUCUCAUCUCUUAUUAGUUUUCUCCGUUUUUUCUAAGACAAGAUGUUGUCUUUACGGAUUACGGUGUUCUGUAGUAGUAGACGCCGUCUGAAAAUGUACGUUGAAUAAUCAUGCAAAUUUGGCGGGUAAAAUCACAGUUUUUAGCCAAUAAUAUAUUAAGAUGUGUAUAUA